UGUACAUAAUAUGUACAUACAAACCUAAUAUUUUCAACAUAAAAUAUUAAUGGGUAGCGCUUAGCUGCUCCUAUACGGUCCUGCCUGCCUACCUUAUUAAAAAAAAAUAUGCAAUAAAAUAUUAAAAAUAAUUAAAAUAUGAUUACAUAUUAAAAAUAGCAAUAAAACACAAAAUAUUUAGUUGUAAAAAGAAAAAUAAAUAAAUUGAAAAAAGCAAAUAUCAUAGAAAAAAAAAAUUAUUGAUAAAUUCCAUAAAAGGCAUUUAAAAUAAAAAAAAAAAAAACAUUCUCAAAAUUGAAUAAUAACAAAAAAAAAGAAGAGAAAAUAAUAAGCAAGUUAUUUUCAGUGUUGUUUUAAAAUUUUGCAAGUUUUUUACGAUCAAAAAAGAAAUUCCACAUAUUUUAAUAACUAACAACAAAAGCAAAAUUUUUGUAUGGUAUUAUCAAAAUUCUAAGUAUUUUCACAAAAGUUGAACCAAAAAAGAAAAACAAAAAAAAAAAAAAAUAAGGCAAAGAAUAUCACAGAAUUUACAAAAAUUACAACAAAAGAAAAUAUAGCUAAAUGAUGGAUAAUGUGAAAAUGGCUCAAAAAAUAUACGCAACGACUCUCUUAUAGAUCUCAAAAGUUAAAAAAUCACAAGUAAAAUCACAAACAAAAAAAAAAAAGUCAACAAGAAGCUAAAAGUAUAGAAAACAUAAAAUAAUUUUUUCGGAUGCAUGCUAUUUUGGAUUCCAGAUAAUUUUGGAUAUCAAAAAACCAAGAAGAUUUUUAUUGUAUUUUGUUAAUUUUGUUUUGUGUUCGUGCGCUCGAAAUUCAUCUUCGUCAUCAUUCACAAAAAAAAAAAAAAACUCAUCAUAUCCACCAUCAAUACAAACAACCAACAACAAACAACGUUAUAUCAUCUUGAACACUACACCACAACCACAAAUCGCAUAACAUCUUAAUGGUAGAGCUUUGAAUUCACCUUGAAAAUUUAUAUGUGUAUAUGUUGUGUUGUAGUUCAUCAACAUUCAUAUCAGAAAUAAAGUGCCCUAAAAAAUAGUGAAAUACAGAGCAACAAAAUCAAAAAAGACCAAAAACAAAAAAAAAAAAUUUAAUAAUCAAAAAGAAAAAACCCGAAAACAAUAACAACGAAAACAUACCACUUCCUUCCCCUCAUUUGGAUAACAGUAAAAAAGUUUUUUUUCCUGUUCUUGUUUUGUUUUUUUAUUUUGAACAGUUACUUUUCAUUACCUGUUAAAAAUUAGCAAAAAAAAAGGAAAAACGAAAAACAAAUUUAUUUUUGAAUCAACAAAAAAAUUUUUUUUUGUUGCUGUUGUUAUUGUUGUUGUUAUUCUGUCUAGUCAAAAUAACGAUAAUUUUUAAAAAAGAAAAAUGGAUAGCCCCGGCGCUGUUGGUAGGCGUCGAGGCAAUUCACGUGUUAAUGCCGAAGAUCAAGCACUCGAUCAAAUUGCAAAAGAGGCUGAAGCAAGACUGGCGGCUAGGCGCCAGGCUCGUGCUGAAGCACGAGAAAUACGAAUGCGUGAAUUGGAAAGGCAACAAAAAGAAAUGGAUCAAAAUGCUGAUCGGGCUUAUGAUAUGCAAACAUCAUCUGGUAUUGAUCCAUUGGCAAGAUCUCGUUUAACAGUUGUUGGUAAUCAUAUUGGUAAUUCAAUUGGUAAUAAUACAUCACAUUUAAGAGCAACAAGUAGCGGUGGUUCAAUGUCAUCAAGACGUAGUAGUGAAGAUUCAUUAGAAGAGGAAGGCAGAAGUAUACGUGAUAUUAGACAUGAAUUGAAGGAUCUUGAAGAACGCUUCCGAAAAGCAAUGAUAGCAAAUGCUCAGCUAGAUAAUGAAAGAACAUCACAUACGUAUCAAAUUGAAUUACUUAAAGAUCAAUUAGAGGAGAAAGGUGAAAAAUAUGCACAGCUACAACGUGAAUAUAAAGAGAAAUCACGUGAAACUAAUGCACUUAAACGUAAUGUUGAUAAAUUAGAAGAAGAAUUACGAUUAGUUAAAGGUCAAUUAGAUGAACGUGAUAGUUUAAUUAGUGAACAAGGUUUAGUUAUUGUAUUGAUUGAAAAUGAUGAUGGAACAGAUGCUAAACGUGCUCUAGUCAGUGUUCAAAAUGCACAACUUUUAGGUUCUGUACAAGGUUCUUUAGAUGUUCGACUUAAGAAAUUUACCGAAGAAAAACAACUUUUACAAAAAGAAGUUCAAACAUUACAACAGCAAGUAGAUGAAUUAAAAUCACAAGGUAGAGGAAAAAGUUCAAUGAAUGGUCCAUUAGGUAUUGAUGAUGAAUAUGAAGCGCAAAGAGAAGCAAAUAAAUUAAUAUCUGAAUAUAAAUAUAAAUUACAAAAAGCUGAACAAGAAAUUGCUAGUCUACAAGCCAGUUUAGCUAGAUCAGAAACCCAAGUAAUAAGAUAUAAGAGUACUGCUGAAGCAGCUGAAAAAGCUGAAGCAGAAUUAAAAAUUGAAAGAAGAAAAUUACAAAGAGAGAAUCGUGAAACAAUGGAGCGUCUAGAGGAGCUAGAAACAUCAAAUAAUCAUUUAUUGAAAAGAUUAGAUAAACUGAAAACAGCAAAAAGUACAUUAUUAAAAGAACUUUGACAUGGCCAUAAUAGUAAUAAUGCCACUAAUACUAAUACAAAACUUUUAUUAUCAUCUUCAUCAUCAUCAUCAGCAACAACAACAACAACAACAUCAGCAGCAGCUACUUCAAAUAAUAUUAGUUUUUCUAAAACAAAUACAAAAGCGGCUUCAACAAUACCAUUAUCAGAUUCAUCAUCACCAUCUAAAAUGGAAUCUAAUAGUUCGUCAUUAUUAUUAAAUAGAAAUUCUAUUAUGAAAGAAGAAGAUACUACUACUGACGAUUCUGUAUCAUCUAAUAAUCCUUCUUCAUCUUCAAGAAAACAAAAUAUAACAAAAAAUAUUUCAAAUGCAACUAAAACUAUGACUAAU